UUAUAUUUAAGCGCUUUGUGCAUUUCCGACAUAGAUAUGCGGACAAAGAAAAUAUUGAAAACGGCCUUAAUCACAAUAAUGAGUAAAAUAGUGUGUAGAAUGGCAAGUUAUAAUUGUAAAAACGUUAAGCGAUCAAUAGAUAGUAUAAAAGAGCUGUGCCAAUCUUGUGACAUAGUAGCCUUGCAGGAGACAUGGCUCCUUCCUGACGAAUUAUCCUAUCUAAGCUGCAUGGAUAGUGAUUUCUCCGCCACGGGUACUUCAGCAGUGGACACAUCGGCUGGCAUGUUGCGUGGUAGGCCGUACGGAGGUGUGGCACUUCUGUGGCGGUCGAGCGCCUUUAGUAACGUGAAUGUGAUACAGUGCGAUAAUCCGCGUAUAUGCGCUAUCAAAGUGGAGUCAACAGAUAGGCACUUUUUAGUGGUGAGUGUUUAUAUGCCCACGGACAGCACGAGCAAUCUUCCCGAUUUCACAGACUGUCUGAGCGCGGUGAGUUCUUUAAUAGACAAUAAUAAUAUUGAGUCGGCAUAUAUUUUGGGAGAUUUUAACGCUCAUCCUACCGAACCUUUUUAUAGCGAACUUAUCGGUUUUUGUGAUGAUCAGAGAUGGAGUUGUGUUGAUGUGAAGGAAUUAGGUUUGAACUCGGAUACCUACACUUUUAUAAGUGACGCGCAUGGUUCUAGGAGGAGGUUGGACCAUGCUGUUGUGACAGAAUCUUGUUUAAGUUCUAUUAUCAAAGAGUAUGUUAAGUAUGACGUGUUAUGGUCGGACCACUUUCCCUUGAUAUUAGAGUGUCAACUAGAUGUACUAAUUCCUAAAAUAACUAGUCAUACUCUUUUGGAUAAUAAGGUGUUAUGGGGGGUUAGAAGUCAAGAACAGAUUGAUAGGUAUAGGCAAGAAUGUCAUAAUAAACUAAGACUCAUUGAUUUCCCGGCAGCCCUCAGAGAAUGUUCCGAUCAUAAAUGUCACAAAACUGAACAUUUAAAAAUAAUUAAUACUAUGUAUACUAACAUCGUGUCUGCCUUGUGUGAAUCUGCUGCAGCCAGUCGAAUUUUAGGCAAGCGUAGGAAGAAAAAGCAGAUAGUCGGUUGGAAUAGGCACGUCAGCCAAGCCCAUACUGAUGCUCGUAUAAAGUUCCAAACGUGGAUAUUGCACGGAAGGCCCCCGCAAGGUGUCAUAUUCAAUCAAAUGUGUGAGAGUAGGAAGAUUUUUAAGUCCCGAUUAAGGUGGUGCCAAAACCACCAGGACCAGAUCAAAAUGGACAUCUUAGCUACUCAUCAAACGAAUCAUGAUUUUCGUGCGUUUUGGAAAUGUACCGAGAAGUUAAAUAGUAAACCCGGCCUUCCGGUGAGCGUGGGGGGGGGUAAGUGACCCAAGAGGCAUAGCUAAUGUUUUUAAAAAUUGUUUUAAGGUUACGUCACCUUUAGGACCUGCAGCUGGGGCGCUCGACCCUGAGAAUCGUGAUGACAUAUUGGGAACAAGUUUUACUGCAUCUGAAGUCAGACAAGUGAUAAAAUCUAUUUCAAAAGGAAAAUCACCAGGUCAUGACGGUCUCAGCGUCGAGCACCUCCAGUUCGCGGGCCCCCACCUCGCGAGGACACUUGCUAUGCUCUAUACCCUCUGUGUAAGCCACUCAUAUUUACCGCCUGAGCUCAUACGAACGGUAGUGGUUCCUAUUGUAAAAAAUAAGACGGGGGAUCUGUCCAAUACUAGUAACUACAGGCCAAUAUCUCUGGCCACUACCAUAGCUAAAGUGUUUGACGGCUUGCUGAACGCGCGAUUGCAACAACACCUGCAGCUGCACGACAACCAAUUUGGGUUUCGGCCUGGACUUUCCACCGAUAGUGCCAUCUUGUGUUUAAAGCAUGUCGUCAGAUACUACACAGAUCGAGAAACACCUAUCUAUGCCUGUUUCCUUGACCUGUCGAAGGCGUUUGAUCUGGUUUCAUACGAUAUCUUGUGGAAAAAACUCAAGGAAAUUAAUGUUCCUUGGGAGUUAAUACAAAUAUUCAAACAUUGGUAUGGAAACCAGGUCAACGCUGUUAGAUGGGCAGGUACAUACUCUGAUUGGUAUAGGCUGGAGUGCGGUGUUAGGCAGGGAGGGCUGACGUCACCCUCGCUUUUUAAUGUGUAUAUUAACUCACUCAUCGAGGAGCUUAGCAGUCAACAUGUUGGCUGUCAUGUGGACGACAUAGCCGUCAAUAAUAUAAGCUACGUGGACGACAUGGUCCUGCUGAGCCCCUCGGUGUGUGGGUUAAGGAAAUUGCUGAGUACCUGUGAAAAGUUUGCCAAUAAUCAUGGGUUGUUAUAUAAUGUAAAUAAAUCCGAAUACAUGGUUUUUAGCGGGGGAAAUAAAGCGCCUAGUAGUGUACCGGAGAUUAAAUUGUAUGGUUCUCCACUAAA